AUGCUCGCGCCGCCUGUACUUGAGAUGAGCAUGGAGACGGAGCAUGGUGGCCACGAAGAGGAAUCGGCGAUGCUCCCGUGCGUCGCGUUCGCAUCGGAGCACGGUUACAAGUUCUUCUCCCUCGCCCACAUGCGCAUGCUUAACAGCGCCGACGUGCGGCCAAUGCCUCCGGUGCUCGGCCGCCGGCUCGUGCCGUCUCCGUACGGCGGGAUGGUGCUAGCCACGGAUGUGUGCUACAGGCACCCGUGCCACCUCGUCGACCCCUUCACCGGCUCGCGCGCACCGCUGCCGGACCUGCCCAUCCCCUUCUCGGAGAAGGAGCCGGUCGGGUGUCUCAGCGACGAGCCACGUCUGCGCUGCGCGCGCGUCACCGACGACGGGUUGGCGUGGGACUGGUCCCGGCGAGGCGUCAUGGUGGCCCGCGGCGACACGGCCUUCUUCUGCGAGCACGGCGGCGAGCGGUGGAUGCCGGUGCACCAGUCAAAGCUCGGCUCGCCCAUGACCGUCAACUACCGCGGCGGGCUCUUCUUCGUCCUCGAGCUGCGCACGCUGAAAACUACAAUCAUCGACGUCGGCACGCUGCAGGCCCGCACGAAGAUCCCUGCGCCGCCGGGCUUCGGCGACGUCGACUACUCCUACCUAGCGCCAUCUACGGACGACGCGAUUCUCCUGGUGCACCGCGCCGGGGACAGCGACAGCGUGGUCUUUACCAAAGCGUACCGCGCGCGGCACAGGGACAGCCAGAGGCCGCCGAGGUGGAGGCCAGUGCUCGACAUCGGUGACCGCGCGGUGUUCGUCGACGGCGCGCAUGGGUUCACAGUCACCGCCGACCCGACGGGAGCGAAGGCGAACCGCGUGUACGUGAUCCUUGCCCAUCAGCUGACGCACCCAUGUGGGCGUCUGGCCGUCGCAUACGACGUCGGCUUCACAGACCUUACGAGGCCAGAGCGCAUGGGGCGGCUGAAUCUAAACACCGGCGAGGUUGAGCCAAUGUGGGGCCGUCCGCACUGGAUCAUACCUAGGAAUGAAUCGGGUCGUCGUUAAAGAUCUAUCAACUAAUACAGUUUAUUUACAUUAGUUUACAUACCGAGGCACUGUUUCUUCGUAAAGGGGUUUUUUUUGAAGCAUUAGAGAAAUAAACGACAGAUUUAUAAAAUACUUUGAUUUUCAAAAGCCACUGGUAAAUCUACCUGUAAGUUGCAAUGCGAGAAAUAUUCAGCUCGCCUAGCCCUAUUCUAGCGAGCGUAUUGAAAAACAUGGAUCUAUUAUUAUAAGAGGUAGAGGUCAAAGGCUUCAGCGACUCGUCAUGUUCAAAGCGUUUAUCGCAGCACUUAAACUUGUUGUGUCCGGUGGGUGAGAUCACAGCGAGCAUCAAAUUCAUCAGCUACCUAUAACAUAGUUUAGCAUUAAAAUAAGAGCUAGUGUGUUAGUGAGUGCUAAACUUCAGCACUGCUCGUGCUGCUUGUUUGAUUUCAUGUGCUAAACUUUAGUAAAGUGUUGUAGCACUGUAGAAAUACAACAAGGCAUAAAUAUCCAA